CGUUGUUAUCUCAGGUCGGAACUCGGAAGGAAGAGAGAAAUAAAAGUUGGCAGUAACCUCUGUAAUUGAAGAAAAAAGGGUCUGUCUCUCUCUCUCUCUCUCUCUCAGUUAACCGCAGAGCUGCCGGAGCUACAACCGGCCUCAGUCACCAUCAAACGAUCCAGGUGUAUGUAUGGCAGUCAAUACGAGUAGUGAGAUGGAUCACAAUGAGGAGGAAUCCGGUGGUGGUGCCGGAGCUGAACCUCAUGGGAAGCAAGAUGAUGAGGAAGCCGUUGCUCGGCUUGAGGAAAUGAAGAAAUCAAUCGAGUCAAAGAUGGCUCUUCGUCAAAGCAAUUUGAACCCCGAGAGGCCUGACUCAGGAUUUCUGAGGACAUUGGAUUCCAGCAUUAAACGCAACACAGCAGUUAUUAAAAAACUGAAGCAGAUAAAUGAAGAGCAGCGGGAAGGGCUGAUGGAUGACUUGAGAAGUGUCAACCUUAGCAAAUUUGUCAGUGAAGCUGUUACUGCUAUUUGUGAUGCUAAACUUAGAUCGUCGGACAUACAAGCAGCAGUUCAGAUCUGCUCUCUGCUUCAUCAAAGAUACAAAGACUUCUCCCCGACCCUAGUUCAAGGUCUUUUGAAAGUCUUCUUUCCUGGAAAGUCUGGGGAUGACCCAGAUGCAGAUAGGAACCUGAGGGCCAUGAAGAAGCGUAGCACUUUGAAACUCCUUUUGGAACUUUACUUUGUUGGAGUUAUAGAAGAUGGUGGUAUUUUUGUGAAUAUUAUUAAAGAUCUUACCAGUGGAGAACACUUAAAGGACCGGGAUACUACUCAGACAAAUUUGACUCUUCUUGCUAGUUUUGCUCGGCAGGGAAGAAUGUUUCUUGGUCUUCCACUCUCUGGGCCAGAAAUACAUGAAGAGUUUUUUAAGGGCCUUAAUAUCACACCAGAUCAAAAGAAGUUUUUCAAGAAGGCAUUUCAAGCAUAUUAUGAAGCUGCAGCUGAACUACUUCAGUCUGAGCAUACUUCACUUCGCCAAAUGGAGCAUGAAAAUGCAAGAAUCCUUAAUGCUAAAGGAGAGCUCAGUGAUGAUAGUGCCUCUUCAUAUGAAAAGCUGCGGAAAUCUUAUGACCAUUUGUACCGCAAUGUCUCAGCUUUAGCAGAAGCACUUGAUAUGCAGCCUCCAGUAAUGCCGGAGGAUGGUCACACAACUAGGGUUACUAGCGGAGAGGAUGCUUCAUCUCCAGCUGCUGGAAAGGAUUCUUCUGUACUUGAAGCCAUAUGGGACGAUGAAGAUACUAGGGCUUUCUAUGAAUGUUUGCCAGAUCUUAGAGCAUUUGUUCCAGCUGUGUUACUGGGAGAAGCAGAGUCUAAAGUCAAUGAGCAAUCUGCAAAGACCCAAGAGCAACCAACUGAACCUGCGCCUGAAUUAGACCAGAGUCAACAGGCUACAGAAGAUGCUGCGGAAUCAUCUGCAGAUGUUGGUGCUUUACAAGAAGGAAAAAUCAGAGAGAAAGGAAAGGAGAAGGAAGAAAAAGAUAAAGACAAGAUUAAAGAUGCAGACAAAGAGAAAGGUGACAAGAAGGGAGAGAAAGGAAAGGAGAAGGAAGAAAAAGAUAAAGACAAGAUUAAAGAUGCAGACAAAGAGAAAGGUGACAAGAAGGGAGAGAAUGAAAAGGAGAAACUAAAAAGUAUCGAAGGGACGAAUUUGGAUGCUUUACUGCAGAGGCUCCCUGGUUGUGUGAGCCGUGACCUCAUCGACCAAUUGACUGUAGAGUUUUGUUAUCUAAAUUCUAAAGCAAAUCGGAAAAAACUUGUGAGGUCAGUGUUUAAUGUCCCCAGGACAUCGUUGGAGUUACUGCCGUACUACUCACGCAUGGUUGCCACUCUGUCGACUUGUAUGAAGGAUGUAUCUUCCAUGCUCCUGGCUAUGUUGGAGGAGGAGUUCAAUUUCUUAAUAAAUAAAAAGGAUCAAAUGAACAUUGAAACAAAGAUUAGGAAUAUUAGAUUUAUUGGAGAACUCUGCAAGUUCAGAAUUGCACCAGCUGGUCUUGUGUUUAGUUGUUUAAAGGCUUGUCUAGAUGAUUUUUCUCAUCAUAAUAUUGAUGUUGCUUGCAAUCUUCUUGAGACUUGUGGCCGUUUUCUGUAUCGCUCUCCUGAAACUACUGUGCGGAUGGCUAACAUGUUGGAAAUAUUAAUGCGCUUAAAGAAUGUUAAAAAUUUGGAUCCUCGGCACAGCACCCUUGUUGAAAAUGCUUACUACCUGUGCAAACCGCCUGAGAGAUCCGCACGAGUUGCUAAAGUCCGUCCUCCAUUGCAUCAGUAUAUAAGAAAGUUGCUAUUCUCAGAUCUUGAUAAAUCUACCCUUGAGCAUGUGCUGAGGCAAUUGCGUAAACUACCAUGGGGUGAAUGUGAGCCAUAUCUUUUGAAAUGCUUUAUGAAGGUUCACAAAGGGAAGUACGGUCAGAUCCAUUUGAUUGCUUCUCUCACUGCUGGCCUGAGUCGCUAUCAUGAUGAAUUUGCUGUCUCUGUUGUUGACGAGGUUUUAGAGGAGAUCCGGCUUGGCCUUGAAUUAAAUGAGUACGGAAUGCAGCAAAGACGAAUUGCCCAUAUGCGAUUCCUAGGAGAGUUAUACAACUAUGAACAUGUAGAUUCUUCUGUUAUAUUUGAGACUCUAUACUUGAUUCUCAUCUUUGGCCAUGGCACAACAGAGCAAGAUGUAUUAGAUCCACCAGAAGAUUGUUUCCGCAUAAGGAUGGUUAUUACUCUUCUCGAAACUUGUGGACAUUACUUUGACCGAGGCUCUUCUAAGAGGAAACUUGAUCGCUUCUUGAUGCACUUUCAGAGAUAUAUACUAAGCAAAGGUGUACUACCACUAGAUGUUGAGUUUGACUUACAGGACUUAUUUGCAGAAUUGCGUCCCAAUAUGACUCGAUACUCAUCCCUUGAAGAAGUUAAUGCAGCUCUGGUAGAGCUUGAGGAGCACUCGGAGAAGGCCAAUAAUGAGAAGCACUCAGACACUGAAAAGUCUUCAAGGAGGACAACCUCCAAUAAAAUGUCAGUGAAUGAACAGAGUGUUGUGAAUGGUACAGAGGGAAAUGGGGUGGUGCAUGAAGACCAUAGAGAUAGUGACAGUGAUUCAGGAAGUGGCACUGUUGAUCCAGACAGACAUGAAGAAGAAUUGGAUGAAGAGAAUCAUGAUGAUGGAUCAGAGAGUGAAGAGGAGGAUGAUGAUGGGGGUGGACCUGCUUCUGACGAGGAGGAUGAAGUCCAUGUCAGACAGAAGGUUGCAGAGGUGGAUCCUCAGGAAGAAGCAGAUUUUGAGCUGGAUCUCAAGGCUGUUAUGCAGGAAAGCAUGGAGCAACGAAGGCAAGAGCUGCGAGGUCGGCCUACAUUGAAUAUGAUGAUACCAAUGAAUGUGUUUGAGGGGUCCAUCAAGGACCAUCAUGGACGUCUUGGAGGGGACAGUGGUGAUGAGGGGGAUGAGGAGUCUGGAGGAAGCAAGGAUGUCCAAGUCAAAGUUCUCGUGAAGCGUGGUAACAAGCAACAAACAAAACAGAUGUACAUCCCUCGUGAUUGCUCCCUUAUACAGAGCACAAAACAGAAAGAAGCAGCAGAGCUUGAAGAGAAACAAGACAUCAAGAGGCUAGUCUUGGAAUAUAAUGAUAGAGAAGAGGAGGAACUUAAUGGAUUAGGGAAUCAGACUUUGAACUAUGCGCAGAGUGGUGGCAAUAGAUUUGCUGGUCGUGGCAGCACUUGGGAAGGAACUAGCGGCAGAGGUGGUGGACCACGUCGAUAUCACAGUAGUUAUUCUGGUGCUGGAGUUUAUUACAGCAGGAGAAAGUGAACAGCAUGGUUUUGCAAAAAUAGUAAAGCUGAAACACUCCAACCACAGGUUUCCCUCGUUUUGCAGAGGUGAUUCAUUCCUGUUCAAAUCCAUGCUUAACUUACAAGUUGAACAAUAAUUUGAAGAAACAACACUUCUAUCCAAUGGGGAAAGCCAUAAGCCAUGCAUUUCUGGGGACAUUCAACCUGGACCUUUUUCUCCAUCUGGCAAGGCUGUCACGUACUCGAAUACAUGGGGGAUGGCGGACUAGGAAAAUCAAGAGAUCAAUGCACAAGAAAGGUGGUUCUGUGAUAGUGAGAUUCUGAUAUGCAAAUAUGCCAUUGGGCGCUAGAUCUUUUCAUUAGUUUCGAACCUGAUGAAUGAGUCCUGCGUGUAUAUUUGUCAAUGUGAAGUAAAAAUGCGAUGUAAACUCUGCUUGGGUUUUACGUAAUAUAUGUUCCAUUUUGUAUCCAGUCUUAUGCACUGGAAUACUAGUGUUUUCGGUAAAACCUAUGUUUUUAGGGUGCUGUAUUACUCAUUGCCAUGGGUACAAAAUUGUUAUCAUAAUUAAUCAUGUAGCACUCCCGCACUGCUUGACAUGUA